AUGUUAUAUUCCGUCUGCCAUGGAACCAAUGAUUGGCCUGUUAUCAAAGGAUACAAGACUACAGAAAAUGGAAGGCAAGCGUAUCUUGAUCUGGUUGCCCACUAUCAGGGCGAGGGCCAACUCAAUAAGAGGCGCGACUCUGCCUACCGUGUCUUGAAUACAACCCACAACAAUGGAAAGAAAAAAAAUUGUUUUGAAAAAUUUGCGGCACGGGUUCUUGGUGCCUUUGAAGACUUGAAAAAUUGUGGCGACGGCAUGUCGGAACAUGCCAAGGUAACCAAGUUCUUGAGCAUGAUCAAAGAAGGUCCGCAGGGCGCAGGCUUGGAAUCCUGUAAGACACUUGUCCGCGGAAGUCAAGCGUGA